GCACGCCGGCACCCCACCGCCCGAGGGCAGGCCCGGAGGAUCAUGACCUUGGACCCCCCCAGGAGAGGCCUUCUGAUGCUACUGCUGGCCUUGGGCCUGACCCAGGGUGACCCCGUGAAGCCCUCUCGGGGCCCGCUGGUGACCUGCACAUGUGAGAACCCCCAGUGCAGGGGGCCCACCUGCCAGGGGGUCUGGUGCACAGUAGUGCUGGUGCGGGAGGAGGGCAGGCACCCCCAGGAACAUCGGGGCUGCGGGAACCUGCACCAGGAGCUUUGCUGGGGGCGCCCCACCAAGUUCGUCAACCACUACUGCUGCUACAGCUCCCUCUGCAACCACAACGUGUCCCUGGUGCUGGAGGCCACCCCAACUCUGGAGCAGCCGCAAGUAGAUGGCCAGCUGCCUCUGAUCCUGGGCCCUGUGCUGGCCUUGCUGGCCCUGGUGGUCCUGGGUGCCCUGGGCCUGUGGCACGUCCGGCGGAGGCAGGAGAAGCAGCGGGGCCUGCACAGCGAGCUGGGCGAGUCCAGCCUCAUCCUGAAGGCAUCCGAGCAGGGGGACAGCAUGUUGGGGGACCUCUUGGACAGUGACUGCACCACGGGCAGUGGCUCGGGGCUCCCCUUCCUGGUGCAGAGGACAGUGGCACGGCAGGUUGCCCUGGUGGAGUGUGUGGGAAAGGGCCGCUAUGGUGAGGUAUGGCGGGGCCUGUGGCAUGGUGAGAGUGUGGCCGUCAAGAUCUUCUCCUCGAGGGAUGAACAGUCCUGGUUCCGGGAGACCGAGAUCUACAACACGGUGUUGCUCAGACAUGACAACAUCCUAGGGUUUAUCGCUUCGGACAUGACUUCCCGCAACUCGAGCACGCAGCUGUGGCUCAUCACGCACUACCACGAGCAUGGCUCGCUCUACGACUUUCUGCAGAGGCAGACGCUGGAGCCCCAGCUGGCUCUGAGGCUAGCUGUGUCCGCGGCCUGCGGCCUGGCGCACCUGCACGUGGAGAUCUUCGGCACGCAGGGCAAACCGGCCAUCGCCCACCGCGACCUCAAGAGCCGCAACGUGCUGGUCAAGAGCAACCUGCAGUGCUGCAUCGCCGACCUGGGUCUGGCUGUGAUGCACUCCCAGGGUAGCGAUUACCUGGACAUUGGCAACAACCCACGAGUGGGCACCAAGCGGUACAUGGCCCCUGAGGUGCUGGAUGAGCAGAUCCGCACUGACUGCUUCGAGUCCUACAAGUGGACGGACAUCUGGGCCUUUGGCCUGGUGCUGUGGGAGAUCGCCCGCCGGACCAUUGUCAAUGGCAUUGUGGAGGACUACAGGCCACCCUUCUAUGACCUGGUGCCCAAUGAUCCCAGCUUUGAGGACAUGAAGAAGGUGGUGUGUGUUGACCAGCAGACCCCCACCAUCCCCAACCGGCUGGCUGCAGACCCGGUCCUCUCAGGCCUGGCUCAGAUGAUGCGGGAGUGCUGGUACCCCAACCCCUCUGCCCGCCUCACUGCGCUGCGGAUCAAGAAGACGCUACAGAAACUCAGCAACAGCCUGGAGAAGCCCAAAGUGAUUCACUAACCACGGGCACCUGAUGCCUGACUCCCCUCUGCCUGCAGUGGGGGAGCUGGAGGGGGCAGUGGAUGGUGGCCUAUCUGGGUAGAGGCAGUGUGAAAUGUGUGUGCUGGGGAGGGGAGUGCCCCUCUAUGCCUGCUGGCCCGGCCCCCAGCCCAUCCAGCCAGAAAUACAGCUGGGCUGAAACCCGAUCCCCCGCUGUCUAGUCUGCUCAAAGCAGCAGGCUCCCUGACGCCUGGCUCUCUCCCCACCCCCACGCCCUGGGCGCACCCCCUACUACCCCCAGGACAGGAUGCAAAAGAGGCCCCAGAGCCAGGGUGGCCAAGCCAGGGAAUCCCAGUCCCAGGCGCAGAGGCUGCACUUUACCCCCUGCCCUCAGUUAACCCCACUGCCCGGCCAGAGCUGCCCAGGGGGAGUAGGGCCCUGUCCACACUUCAGUAGACACCCUGCCCUGCCAGGCCUCAGCCUCUGGCACAAGCCCUGACACCCGGGGCCCAUCAGUUUCUCUCUGUGGGUUUGUAUCUCAGCUCCAUGAUGCCGUGGGCCUCUGUCUCCCGGACAAGACCCCUGCUCCUGAAUGCCAGCUGCCUGAGAGAGCUGGGGCCUGAUCCUGGGCCCAUCCCCCACCCCCAUCUUGGCUGACUUAUUAGGGCAUUAAACCCAAGGAGUCCUGCUGAGGGAGUGGCAGGGUCAUAGGCCAGUGGAGAGGUGGUAGGUCAAAUGCGUAAGGCCCAGGACUUUCAGAAUAACUGAGAGGACAUUGAGGCCAAGCAUAGUGGGGGAAAGGCUCAGCUGGGAGCCAGGAGACCCAGGUUCUGGUCCUGGAUGCUUGCUCUCUGUACGUGCAUGAGGCCUUCGCCGUCCCAGGACCUUUGUGUCUUCAUCUACGUAGUGAAGAUUUGGUCCUGAUGUC